GAACUAAGGUAUCUCUUCGGUUCUUGUUAUGGGUAUAAUGGAGUUGUUUGCUGGGUGCCGUGGCGCGUCCCGGUCAUUGCGCCGUUCCGUUCCAUCGGCGAUGCAGUUUUUCCUCCUUUUUUCCUGCUUUUUAGUAGCAGGUAUUUUUGCUUCGCAGAUCUCUGCGGAGCACGGCGAAACAGAGACGUAUAGCGAGCAACGCAGCAAUGGAAAGGAUCCUACUGAGCAAGUACAGGGCGAGGAGUACAACCCCAUUGAGCAGGUACAGGGCGAGGAGCACGACCCCAUUGAGCAGGUACAGGGCGAGGAGUAUGACCCCAUUGAGCAGGUACAGGGCGAGGAGCACGACCCCAUUGAGCAGGUGCAAGGGGAGGAGUACGACCCUAUUGAGCAGGUGCAAGGGGAGGAGAACGACCCUAUUGAGCAAGGUGAGGAGUACGACCCCAUUGAGCAGGUACAGGGUGAGGAGUAUGACCCCAUUGAGCAGGUACAGGGCGAGGAGCACGACCCCAUUGAGCAGGUGCAAGGGGAGGAGUACGACCCUAUUGAGCAGGUGCAAGGCGAGGAGUAUGACCCUAUUGAGCAGGUACAGGGCGAGGAGUAUGACCCUAUUGAGCAGGUACAGGGCGAGGAGCAUGACCCUAUUGCGCAGGUACAGGGCGAGGAGCACGACCCCAUUGCGCAGGGCGAGGAGCACGACCCCAUUGCGCAGGGCGAGGAGCACGACCCCAUUGCGCAGGUGCAGGGCGAGGAGCACGACCCCAUUGAGCAGCUGCUUAGCCCUCGGGUGAUCCCUGUCAACGCGCCCGUGCCGCCUGAGCUCCAAAAGGUCAUGAAUCCCAAGCCUGUUCCUAUGCCCCGGCCGCUACCCAUUAGUCUUGCUGCAGCGGUCCGCGUGUUGUGCAGCGAAAACAAAAUGUACGUGAGGGUGACUGGGUUCCUGAGCGCAUGA